GAGAUACACAAGUGAGAUACACAAUUGCAUGCCUAGACAGCCUCUUGACGCAGAUUUGGAAUGUAUAUGGAUAACUAGCGGAAGCUAUUUACGGCGCUGACCGUUAGCAAUCGCAACCACCCCUCGAUUCGGCUCCAACCCUUCCCCUAUCCACCACAAGUCGACUUUCGAGACACGAUGGAUGCUGAACAGAAACCAAAGCCUUUAUCACUGAGGCCAUGGCCAACACAGGCAGAAGAAGAGCCCCUGGAUGCUAUCAUCACCCGCAUACACGAAGACCGUGGCGGCUUUCGCCUGGUCACUGAAGAUGCACUGGAGCGCGAGAUCGCGGAAAAGAGGUCGGGGUUGUCGGUUGAUGAGGAUGAAGAGGACACCGCCGCCAUGACUCGGGCGGAGGCUUUAGAGAAAUUGCAUGCGUCGAAAAGGGAGAUCUUGACAUUCGCCCAGUCCGCACGCCUUGAAGUGGGCAUGGCCCUCGACCUUGUCUCUCUCUUGCUCUCAAAAGAGCACCCCAAAGCCGCCGAAGCCUCUCUAUCUCCGGAAGUCAAAAAGCGGGCGCCCCUCGGGUCAAUUGGUUACGACAUCUGGAAUCUAGAACAUCCGGGCGUAGCGAAGCCGACUCCACGACCGCCGCAGGAAGAGCGGCUCGUGGCGAGGGGUGCGAGGAUCCAAAGCCUCAUGUUCGCUGCAGACUCCCUGUUGCAAGGCGCAUCGAGAUUAAAGGACGAAGUCGAACGCGAAACCAAGUAUUGGCAAGAGGUAUUGUCGGUCAAGGAGAAGGGCUGGGCGAUCCACCGCGUUACAACGGAAAACAGCCGCCGUAGUGCUCUUGGCGUGGAGAUAAGUGCUCUUGAUGCCGGCGCGCAAUUUCGGUCUCGAUUCGCGGUAUUCCAGCGGAGCGACGAUGGAAGGAUACGUCCCGAAUGUAAUGUCAAAAGCCAACCGAGGACUCUCUGCGUGAGUUUGUUGCGAAAGGGAAAAGUCAUCGGGACUUCAAUUUCAUCGGACCCAUCGUCUCUCUUGGAUGACAGCCUGGAAAGCAAGAUACACCGGAUGCGGGAUGCCUUGUUCGACGAGGAAUUGUUCUUCGAAUUGACCCAAGAGGUCCGCAAUCUCCUUCCCUUCGGUGCCACAUUAAACAACGGCUGCAUUUCUCUUCCGGCCUGGCCACUGUCAACCGAUCACUCGAGUUCCGCGGAAAGAGAUUGCGACGUUAUCAUCGAGCUCGUCCCUCUUGACAGCCAAAUCUUAGAAGAUGGGGACUUCGUAAACGGGGACCAAGCCAGGGCUAUCGCCAUGUUUCUGAGGCUUAUGCUCAUGCACGGCCAUGCUACAAGGCACAGGCUACGAACGCAGAUACCGGAUGCGCUACAGGAGAAGAAACAGAUCCCUCCACCUCCCACCGUCCUGCAACCGCUGGUUACACAUCUCCAUCACAUGUACGCCGUGAAAGGCAUCCUCGGGGCCCUAACAACGAGUAGUCUCAUUUUGAGCAAAGCAGGCAUCGAGACAACCCUAGUUCUAAAACAGGCCAUGAGCUCGAACUUGGAUCCGGUCGAUCCGGUGGAUGCGAAUGGUGCAAACGGUGCGAAGCCGAUAGCGGCUACGGAGAGAAUAUGCCGGGCAUUAGCUGGAGUGCAAGAGACGUGCUACCGGUUUAUCCUGAAGGACUUCGUGUUGGAGCCCGAAGACACCGCAGUCACUGAAGACGCCGAAGACGAAGACACCGAAUACAAUUAUCGAAACUUUGACAUCACCAUUCGGACAGACAUUGGCAAGUUCGACGAAAGCACCGAGUACGUGCUUUCCUCCCCACAAGACCAGAAUGCAUAUAGCUCUGUCCACGCUCGAUCCACGGUCCAUCCACUUCGUUUCCAGAAUCAGCGGGAAUGCGUCGCCCGACUUCGGGAAGACUUGUCCCGUGACAUCGCUCAUCGGUACAUCCCUCACCGCGACCCCGAUGCUCGCAUUGCUGCAAAGGAAGACUCCGCUGCCUACAAGAUGGUCGGAGAGAAGGGGAUGACGAUUUUCGUGGACUUGGACAAAGCCGUGCUCAAAGUGAAUUUCGUUGCCGGUCCAAGCAAGAUCCACUCGUCUACCGUCACAGAAUGGACCGCAGGCAGCGAGAAGAAGGAUCUGCUCCAUGUCAUUGCGGAGGAAUUUGCGAAAUUGUCCAAUUAGGAUGGUAUCUAGACAGAGAGGGGCUAUGGAAACAAUUGGUAGAACUUCAUAGCGGCUUCGAUAAAUUCGAUGUUGUCACUGCCAUAUCAUCUACAAUGCGAAUUCGAGUCCCAUGAGGGUCCUCGGCCUAUAAAUACGGACUCCAGCCAACAUACAUCCGUUUC